GCCUCCACGCUAAAUCAAAUACUUAAAUUAAAUUAUCGGGUGUACCACCCUAAUGUUAAUUUAACAGAUGCACACACAUACACAUUCGUAUGUGAAACAAGACAAAAAGAAAAACUGCACUUUUCCUGUCAGUGCACUUUCGUUAAAUUUCCCCUGAAAACGGAACUCUUCAAACCGUUUAGAGGGUUCGACUUCAGUUUCUAACUUUUUAAACUUUCUAUUGGAUUUCAAUCACCAGCGAUUACGGACGUUCCGCCACCACACCACUUCAUAAUCAAGGAACUAUAAUUAACCAGAGCAAAGCAAAUACAGUCCACUGCAGCUAAACAAAGGCGCCAUUCUUUGAAUAUACCAGCGGUCAAGGGUCACUAGCGGUCUCCAGAUUAUUACAUCUGCGUAUACAACCGUCCGCCAGCAUCAACUGGAGAAUUGCCACAAACACCAGCGUGAAGUUACAAUAAGUCGGGAACGUACCACAUCAGUACACAACACCCAAAUUAAGCACCAGCACCACAUUAAAAAACAUUCAGGAGUUUUAAAGGUAUGUGGUUGACAUUUCAAAUUUCUUGCACAUUCUCGUAUACGUAAUACGGCAAAUAUUUAAAAUACCAAAAACCUGCGCAUAUCCAAAAUUAUCGCGAGUGAUCUUGUGGAAAUCAUCAGUGCAUUGAUAUCACUUUUUGUGUUCUUUCGCACUUAAUUAGUAAAUAACGUUGUGAACAAAUAUCUGCAGCAAUACACAAGUGUGGGUUAGAGUAGAUUUUUCUGUGCUUAACACCACCUCAGUUGUUAGUGUAACCUUAAUUUAUAGCGAGCACACUUUUUACAAGUUUUUUUUGUUUUUUUAUUAUAUUUAGUUUCGUGUUUUCAAAAUCACUUAUUUCAAAUUUGCAAAACAUCGAUUUUAUUAUUUUUCACAUCGAGUUUGCUUUCAAUAUUUUCAAACAAUCGUGUUGCAAGCAUUUGUUAAUUGGUCAAAUCAUCGGCACUAACAACAAUUCACUGAGUUGAGGAUACAUAACCUCACUUGUGACUGCACUUGUUACACACAUUUGGUUUCACAUUGGGACACUUUUUAACUUCUGCAAUUCUGCAUCCACAAGAUCACUUUGAACGAUUAAUCAACAAAAAUAAUAUAUGCGUAGCACAGUUGAAUUAUUUCACAUUUAUACACAAAUAUUUCGCUGAGAGUUGGGUGGCGAGUAUCAGUUCCUGUAAUCUUAGAAGAUUUUCAUUAGUGUGCGCGAGUAUACAUAAAUACAUAUAUUUACAUACAUAUAUUACGCUUGAUAUUUAAUAAAUAAUUUGAUAUCCGUGCGAAAUUGCACCUAAAUUGCGGUGUUAACUUAUUUGAUUGUGGUGGUUUAUUCGCUUAAAACUUUGGGAAAGUUAUAAUUUUCGAAGUGCUCUCGUAACUUAUUUUCAUUAGGAUCUUAAAAAUGGAAACAUUUAUCCGAUUAGCUGAUGUUGUGCCUGAGUUUGAGGCCGACUACAAUAGCAUGACUGAAACGGAGCACACAAAAUACACUCUUGCCAUCCAGCAAGAGGAACUGAAAGCCAUGUGGAGGAAAGCAAAGAUAGCGUACGAAGAGUAUUUGAGUUCAGGUGCGGUAGAAGCAAAAUCAGCCUCAGUGAAGGCUAAGUAUAAAAGUACCUAUUCUACUUAUCUGCGCUGCAUGUCGAACAUGGCAGAACUCCAUGCGAAGCUCGUCAAAAGUGACAAAGAUACCGAGGAUAUGUCGGCCAGAGAACACAACAUCCAUCUCCCACCGUGUGAUACGGAUGUGUUCAAAGGCGAUUAUCUCUCGUGGCCUACAUUCCGUGACAUGUUUACGGCCAUUUAUAUCAAUAAUAAGCGCCUCACUCCUGUAGAAAAGUUGUUUCAUUUGAACCAGAAAACUCAGGGGGAGGCCAAAGAGAUAGUUAGCAAAUGUGAUGUUACAAACGAGGGCUUCAAUACUGCAUGGAAAAACCUUUGUGAUAGGUUCGAGAAUAAACGCAUUCUAGUGAAUUCGCAGAUAAAGAUUCUUUUUAACCUAGAGUCAGUAGAAAGUGAGUGCGGUACUUCAUUAAAAAAGUUACAGCGAAAUAUUAAUAAUUGUUUAUCGGCUUUGCGAUGUCAUCAAAUUGACGUAUCCAAUUGGGACGCCAUCGUUACAUAUCUCUGCUCCACGAAAUUGCCAGAGAGUACGUUGGCUCUUUGGGAACAAACAAUUGAAAAUAAAACCGAAAUUGCCAAGUGGGAGGAUAUGGAUAAAUUCCUCUCUAAUAGGUUUCAAACACUUGAAACAAUAUCAGAUAUUAAAGCUGUAAAACACCCUCGAUUUUCAAAGCCCCAAAAUAGCAAAAACAAUGAAACUCAGAAAAGGCACGGGGCCUACCAAGCAAGCGUAGCCAAGAUUCUGUGCAAAUUUUGUAAAGGCAAUAAUCACAAACUGUCAAAAUGCCAAAAAUUUCUUAAAAUAACAACGGCAGACAGAAUCGCCUUCAUUAAAAAUAAUCAUGGUUGCUUGAAUUGCUUAUCUUCUGGACAUACUGUGACUAGGUGUACAUGCUCAUUUAAUUGCAGCGUCUGUCACCAAAGACACCACACGCUCCUUCACAUUCAAGCAUUUCAGCCAAAAGCAACUAUGAACCAAAGGCAUCAAACAAACGUAUCCGAUGGGUUAGAGAACAUCGCGUCAACUUCUGCUCAAGCUCAGGCAAGACACGAUGCUUCCAAAGCAAACAAAGGACCAACCCAAAAUGUCCAAUCCUGCUUUGCUAAUACCAACAUAGGAAUUCUAUUAGGGACCGCCCGAGUCAAUAUAUAUUUUAAUAAUACAAAUUUUUCGGCCCGCGCUCUAAUAGAUUCCGGAUCGGAGUGCUCUUUCAUUACUGAAAGACUUAAGCGUAGGAUUAAUCUGCCCUCGAGGAGGAUACAAGCUCAAGUAUCUGGAAUAAAUAACACAGUCUCAGCUCAAGUAAAAGAGGCGUGUUUCAUACAACUGCGGUCACCAAUUGACCCACUGAUCAAUAUAGAUACCACCGUGUUAGACUAA